UGUAUCAUGCAUUUAAUGUGCCUUGUGAUCAAGCGCUUAGAAUUUAAUUUCUCAAUGAAUGUUUCGUUAUAUACUUUUUCGUACAUUUGUUUUUAUACGUUGGUGAAUUUACUUAACUUAUAAAUUUACAUAAACGAUGAGAAAAGCAUAGCUGGCGGGGAGUAGACUUUUAAGAGAAUCGUGGUGGGUCGCGAUUCGAGUUUACAACAACGUUUGACAGGGACGUGGAAUAACGUAGAUGUUAUAGAUAAACGUACAACUAUCAAGAAAAAAACAUUUAAUCUAAUCUAUAAUAGUAUUUUAUUUGGAGAAUAAGUGUAUGAUCAAAGUUCUACUAACUAUUAUUAUCGAGCAAUGUGACCAGCUGAUAGGUAGCGCGCGCGUACGCGCGCGCAAGCUUGCGUGAGAGAGAGAGAGAGAGAGAGAAAGAGAAAGAGAAAGAGAAAGAGAGUUGCGUGUGUGUUGUAUGUCAUCAUUAUAUAUUUUCAUAUAUGUAUUAUACCAUCAUCGUGGUUUUAUGCAUAACCUAAGCUUACAAGGACGAGCUUGAUGCAAGCAAUAGCAUAUCAGUAUUUUUGUUUCGAAAUUGAAAAUAAAUCCGUACAAACGAUGAGAGAUGCGCACCAAGGGACUAUUAUUAUUGCUAAUCUGCAUAGCAGGGAGCAGCAUCGUUUUUAUUGCUUUCAGCAAUCAACGACCUUCCAUACAAACUCUCGUUACAGAAACUCACAAGCAAUUACGGAAUUUUCAGGAAAACUUAAAAGAUGUUGAGGAAAAACGACUGGUGACCGAUUCAAAGUAUUUAGCUUUACUUGGUCUUGAUGGCCAAACAAGUACGACGCCUCUAAGUCUCAAGCCUCAGAAUGUGACAGUAGUAACUCUUAUAAGGCCAGGAAGCGAACAACAUGCCUAUGGCUUUGUUAGAAAUGUCAGUCACUUCUUGCCAAAUAAUAGUAUUGUACUUUAUAGCGUUGGUUUGAACGAAGAGUCUUUCCAAAGUAUCAAGGCUACUUGUAACUCAACAAGGUGUAAUGCGAUUCACUUUGACUUGACUCCAUUUCCAGCUCACGUAGAAGAUGAUAGAUUACACGUUUACAGACCUCUAGUUAUACAAACAGCUUUGAAUACAUUAGGUUGUAUUCUAUAUAUGGAUUCAAAUGUGCGGUUAAAUUCAUCUGACAUUUCAAAAUAUCUCUUUCCAAAGUCAGGAGUAUUAACCUGGCCUACCAGGCACGCCAUUAGUUCUUUAACUCAUCCAAAGAUGUACGAGUAUUUUCACACGUCGGCAGAGGGUUUUUUUUUCCUCCCUCUUAUAAGAGCAUCGCAUGUCGUGAUUAGAAACACGAAAGAGAUUAGGGAAAAGGUAAUGCUACCUUGGGUUCAAUGCGCCCUAACGAGAGAUUGUAUUUGCCCUAUAGGUGCCCAAUCUGCAGGUUGUCGAUUUAAUAAAAGACCACAAUACCGUUAUUCCGGCUGCCACGCGUAUGAUACAUCCGCAUUGAAUAUCGUUCUCGGAUUACAUUUCAAUUUUGAUGAUACCUGUUACACACACCAGGAACGAGAAACAUAUUUCAAUAAGAUACAAUCUGAAGAGAUUAUGGAAGAAUAUGCUAUUAUCGCAAGACAGAACAAUGUCACAGAAUCUAACUCUAAAAGCUUUGCAUCGACCGACCGUUGAUAUUUUCGAGCGAUCUCAGUUUAUUUUAGAUUAAUAAUUUAUAUUAUUCGCUGAUCGAGCACAAUUUUAUUAAAGAAUAUAGAAAAAAAAUUAGUUAUAAAACAAAGUACAGACUUUUUCAUAAAUUUUGUAGAUGACAAGUAUUAUCGUAUAAUUGGAAUGGCUUUCUUCUCUCUCUCUCUCUCUCUCUCUCUCUCUCUCUCUCUCUCUCUCUCACACGCACGCAUGCACACACACACACACCUACACACUACUGCCUUUUUUGAAUAGCUUUAAUGGAAAAAGAAAAACGCACGCACGCAAAUACACGACAACUAAAAAUCAUAAAGCAAUUGAUUACAGAGUAUCAGUGUUAGCCACUAUUUACAUUACUGCUAAUAUGGAGAAAGUUGUUGAGAAAGACAAGUUGUUCGCCUUCAGUAUUAAUUCUCUUUACAGAAUUAAUGAAAACGACUGUACAGUACUUACUUAAUUAUUAAUGUAUCGGCACGCGAUGAUCUGUGAAGUUAAUCUAUAAUAAAUGCAAAAUAGUCAUGAAUAUCGAUUAAGAUCGAAAAA